AUGCUAAUUUCUUGUGGCAAAAAAAAGUUUCAUAUGCAUAUAGAUGCUGCUAUAAACUCUGGCAAUUCUGGAGGACCUGCUUUUAAUGACAAGGGAAACUGUGUCGGUAUUGCAUUCCAAUCACUCAAGCAUGAAGAUGCAGAGAAUAUUGGCUAUGUUAUUCCAACACCUGUCAUCAUGCACUUUAUUCAAGAUUAUGAAAAGAAUGGAACAUAUACAGUUAUCACUAAGCUAUCUUCUAUUAUUUCAAUAAUUAUCAAUCCAAUCCUUUGUCCCCCACGAAUUAUUUUGUGUUGCCCUUUAGGAUUUCCUAUUCUCGGAGUUGAGUGGCAGAAGAUGGAAAAUCCGGACUUGCGGUUAUCCAUGGGGAUGAAGCCUGACCAGAAAGGUGUGCGACUCGGAGCUGAGGGACACGUUUGA